CCGCCGCCGCGCCGCCGCCUCCUCCUCGAAAGUCUUCCUCCGCCGCGGAUUUCUCCGAUGCGUCCCCCCCUCGACCUACACACCCUCCUCAGGCUGCGGCUGCCCCCUCGCCACCUCCUCCACCGCCUCCUCCACUCCCACAUCCCCAACGACCGCCCGCCGCCGCCGCAGCACCCGCCGCCGCACGACGCUGAGCUCUGGAUCGCCAAGGCGCUCGCGUCCGCGGCCUUCCUCCGGCCACACUACCUACCGGCAUUCCGCCGCCUCGCCCCCUCCCAGUUCGCCGCCGCCGCCGCGCUCCGCCACGCGCCGUGCGCCUCCUCCGCGCUCCAACUCUUUUCCUCCCUGCACUCCUUCCCGCUCGCCAUCCCCCCGUCCGCGCACUCCUACCGCUACGUCAUCUCGCUGAUGUGCCAGUCCGGCCGCCAAGUUGAUGCCCUCCAACUGUUCGACCGAAUGACGGACCAGUCUGGGUACUUACCCAACGCCCGUUUCCUCUCGUUUCUGGCCGGUUCCUGCGCCAGUGCAGGCCUUCUUGACGCCGCUGCGGCAUUGCUCUCCAAGGCGUCGCAGUUUGGUUGCUGCAUAGAAGCGUAUGCAUAUAACAAGCUCAUGGGCUCGUUCAUCGGCCGUGGCCGGGUGCAGGACGCUGUAGCGUUGUUUGAGGGGUGGAUCCAAGGGGCAGUUUAUUCUCCGGACGUGUGGAGCUUUAAUGUCGUCAUCAAGGGUGUGUGCCAGUUGGGGGAUGUUCAAAAGGCGCUUGAGUUGGUCGAAAGGAUGCAUCAGUUUGGUUGCUCGCCGGAUACUGUCACACAUAACAUUCUUGUGAAUGGGCUAUGCAGGGUAAAGGAGGUGAGUAAAGGUCGUGAGGUGUUGAGGAGACUUCAAAGAGAUGGUGUUUGCCCGCCCAAUGUAGUGACAUACACCUCGGUAAUCUCGGGUUACUGUAAGGCUGGCAGGAUUGAGGAUGCGGUGGCAGUAUACAACGACAUGGUUGCCUGUGGGACAGCACCCAAUGUGGUAACAUACAAUGUGCUUAUCAAUGGAUAUGGCAAGGCUGGAAAUAUGGGGUCUGCCGUGGCAGUGUAUCAGCAAAUGAUACUUCGUCGCUGCCCUCCUGACGUUGUGACAUUUAGUUCAUUGAUUGAUGGGUAUUGUCGGUGCAGUCAGCUGGAUGAUGCAAUGAAGAUUUGGACUGAGAUGGCUCAGUGCCAGAUUCAACCAAAUGCACACACGUUCUCUAUCAUGAUACACACAUUUUGUAAGCAGAACAGAGCAGCGGAAGCACUUCGCUUUCUGAAAGAAUUGAACAUGAGAACAGACAUUGCACCACAGGCAUUCAUCUAUAACCCUGUGAUUGAUGUACUGUGCAAGGCUGGAAAGGUGGAUGAAGCAAACACUGUUCUAAUUGAGAUGGAAGGGAAAGGGUGUCGUCCCGACAAGUAUACCUAUACUAUUUUAAUAGUUGGACACUGCAUGAAGGGUAGGAUAGCAGAAGCCAUCACAUUUUUCCAUAAAAUGGUAGAGACUGGGUGUACCCCUGACAGUAUUACAGUCAAUUCUUUUAUUAGCUGCCUUUUAAAGUCUGGAAUGGCUAGUGAGGUGGAUCACAUAAUGCGUAUUGCAUCAGGGGGCACUUCAUCGAGUUGGAGAGAUCCUUCUCCUAUAACCCGAAGAGUAGACAUUUCAGUAGCUGUAUAGCUGAAUGAUACAAUGGAGAAUGCAAGGAGAUCAUCUUGAAUGUUUCUGAUGCGGAUUACGGGGCAUCUGGCGCUUGUCCAAAUAAGAAGAACACUCUCUGUUGUUUUGCAGAACAUUCAGUCGAAAAGAACUCAAUUGUAACUGUAAAGAUCUUGGUUUCACCAAGGCUACAAAACUAUUGAGAGACUAAUCCAAGGCAACUUCAUGCCAAGAAAGGAAAGGACAGGCAGUUUGGUGCUCCGUGUGCAUGCAUUCAUUGAAGUGGUUCAAUGAAUACCAUGAAGAGAAGCAAAUGGUGGAUCUGCAAAUUUCAAGGGACCUGCUGAUCUGCUGCAGUAAUGUUGCAGCAAUUGCUCCAUGGAUAUUUGACACACUCCUAAACACCUCAUGUAUGAUUUGUCGACCCCCUGGGUUUCAGAUCAUAAGGUCCUCAAGUCACUUUGGGCUGCCUGUGAAGAACAUGCUUUGUUUUGGAGGAGCUGUUACCUGAAUGAGGGGGAAUCGGCUGUUGAAGACUCAACACUUGAAGUACGUGAUGGAUGUCAUUUACCCUCUAACAGAGGUCCCUUUCAUGCAAUCAGUUACGCUGACUUGAGCUGUUGAAUCUCUGGAUCCUUGAGACCUUGACUUGUGGGGUAAAGCGCAAAAAGGAACCAUUAGUUGUUGAAUCGUUGAAUCUCCUCUUUUGUACCUUGAAGG